AUAGUGAUGGAGGUAAGUAUGCUUGAUUUCUCUCACAUCAAUUUAAUUGAUAUCGGGUUUUAUGUUAACAAGACAUUUUAUUUCGUUUGUCGCUCACAUUUUUAAUUAUUCUGGACUAGAUCAUGAUAUAAAUAUAGAUGUUGCACACACAGAUGAAGAGGAAAUUGUAGCAACUGAAGAUGACAUUGAAAGAGGGCUAGGCAGUAAAGAAGGAAAAUCUCCCGACAGCGUCGAAAACCUUAGAUUGGAGUAUCUAGAACGAUCGAACAAAGUUCUACUGUUGUGGAAUACGCCAAAAUACCUCGGGGCUGGUGGUUUCUAUAAAAUAUACUAUAAAGUAUCAGGAAGUAGCAAACCAAAAUGGAUAUACAUGGGAAAAACUCGAGAAUCGUGGUAUAUCUGCAAGGAUGCCCAACCAGGAGUAGAAUUCAAGUUGAGAGUGAAGACAAAAAAUGAUUUUGGUGCGUCUAAACCAAUAGACACUAAAACAUUUCGAGUAAAAGAGGUUAACAUUGAAACUAAAAGCUGCCAAUGCCUAGAAACAUCGCCUGAACCAGAUUCAGAUGUAGCCUCUCAACCUGAAUCAGAUCAGAAAAGCUCUGAUGAACGUGCUGGGUCUGAAUCAACUGCAUCUGAGGAAGCGUCUCUAUCAAAAUCAAGUGAGUCACAGCAAUCUAAUGAUGUAAACGAGCCAAAGAAAUCAUCUUCUCGAAAUUCUGCUGAAUCUGAACAAUCUCUUUCUCAAAAUUCUGCAGAAUCUGAACAAUCUCUUUCACAAAUUUCUGCUGAAUCUGAACAAUCUCAUUCACAAAUUUCUGCUGAAUCUGAACAAUCUCUUUCACAAAUUUCUGAUACUCAGUCAUCUCUUUCACAAAGCUCUGAAUCUAAGUCAUUACAACCACAAAGUUCUUCUGAAAAGUUAUCACAUCCAGGAAGUUCUUCUAAAUCCAAGUCAUCACAUCCAGGAAGUUCUUCCAAAUCUAAGUCAUCGCGUCUGCAAAGUUCUUCUGAAUCUAAGUCAUCACAUGCAGAAAGUUCUUCGAAAUCUAAGUCACCACACCCACGAAUUUCUUCUGAAUCCAAGUCAGCACAUGCAGGAAGUUCUUCGGAAUCUAAGUCAUCACAUCCACAAAGCUCCUCUGAAUCUAAGUCAUUGCUUUCACAAAUUUCCGGAGAAUCUCAGCAAUCAUCUUCUCAAAAUUCGGCUGAAUCUCAUCAAUCGCAUUCACGAAAUUCAGAUCAUGAGUCAUCGUCUGCACAAAACUCAGAUGAAUCUGAAAAGACAUCUGAAUCAAAUGAAUCUGAGGAACUCCCGCAACGAAAUUUUGCUAAAGGGAUAAUCAGAGGCAAAGCUUUAUCCGGAAAAGCACUUAAAAAAAUCGAGGACGCUCUUGAAGAUCGUUUAGAUAAAAGCGGAGAUCAUUCUGGUGAAACUAGAUCUCAUCAGCUUAGCAAGAGUAAGAAAAAAGCUAUACCCAAUCAAAAUACGAACUAUCGAAGGAAAACUGUCAUAGGCGAUGCAACGAAUAAGGCAGUACCUGGAGCUAUCUAUGGCAGCAAUGAAAAGAUUGUUAACCGCAGAUAUUUAGAAAAAGAUUUGGUUUUGCAAAAUAAUUCAUAUUUGAAUAUUUAUGAAGAUGGCGAAGAUAUUUCAAUUCCACUUGGCAAAGGUAACGAUUCGACGACCUCAAAUAUUCCUUCAAAGUCUACAAAUAAUGGUUACGAAUAUUUAGAAGAUUACAUGGUAUUAGAUUCCAACUAUAAUUCCCAUUUACAGACGCAUGAGAAUAAUGAAAAUGUUUCAGUUCAACUUCAUGAAAGUAAUAGGCCAAACACUUUUGAAAAUCUUUCAAAUUACAUUACUUCUACAAGACUUUAUGGAAUAAAUAAUCCCAAGUCUCAAAAUAUUUCCAAUUAUACAUCAACAUUUAAGGCUGAUGAAGAUACUGAAAAGUCUUUAUUUCAACUUCUUGAAAGCAGUCAUCCAAAGAUUCCAAAUAAUCAUUUUCCUGGACCACCACGAAAUCUAGAAAUAGUUAAAGCAAAAUUGAAAAACUCAUCAGGCUGUCCAGAAUACGUUUUCCUGAAUUGGAACCCUCCGGAAGAUAGUGAAGGACUCAACGUGACACAUUAUGUAGUGGAAACGAAUAAAGAUUCUGAUUUGAAAUGGAACCCUAUUGGAAAAACUAAGGCAGCGAACACAAUGAUAAGAAUUAAAAAUUGUGGACUUUGCUCUAUUCGAAUUCGGGCAAUUACAGAGACUGGUAAAGGUAUACCUAGCAGUGUGAUAAACUUCACCAAAGAGAUUUACUAUAAUUAUUCAUGUAAUAACACUGAUGAUUUUGGCUUACGUCAGAAACGUCAAGCUAAGUCCUCCACGAUUCCAAGGGGAAAAAAUAGCAAAGAAAGUCAUGAAACAAACAGCAAUCAAUUAGACAACAUUCUGGAUUCUAUAAAAAAUUGCCACAGAGGAAAAUUGAUGACUUUGAAUAGUCUGGAUGCUUCCAAUGCCAAAGCUAUUUCAAUUGAGAUAUUGGAACGUGCUUCUGUUUGUAUAGAAGAACACGCACCCACUGAACCAGUAACAUACAGUGACAAGAGUUUCAAAGAUUUCCUCAAGAAGUUCAUACUCCAAAUCAGAACAUUUUCGUUACGGCACUUUUUAUCCUUAAGAAUGAAUCGUUAUAAUCAAGCAAGAAACUGUUUGAAAUCUCUGAAUUAUUCUGGCAUUGAACAUUGCUAUGAUUUACUCAACAACUAUACGAUGUGUACACGAAAUCAUUCUAGUAACACUUCUGUUCAUAAUGAAAUGAUUACAUGUUUGUGGAAGCCAUUGAAUUCUUGCUCAAAGAAAGCAAUUGAAAUUUUAUUGAGGACAAUGAUUACGGCUGUGAAUGGAGUNCACACCCUCGGUCCCUACGCAGACUGA